UUUCAUUACACCAUUAUAUUCUUUGAAAAUUUAGCUGAAAAUGAAGAAUUAUGUGACUUUUGUGUGUUUUUUCUGUUCUCUGUUUCUUUUGGGUUCAUUUUAAUGUGCCUCUGCAAAGUUUUUGUCAUUUUUGGUUCUGUUUUUUGGAAGAUUAUUUCAGAUUUUAUGAACUUGGGUUUCAUAGAAACUAGCAAUGGAUGGUAAAUUUUACCAUUAACGGAGAUUUUAUUUAUGGGUUCUUUGUCAUUUCUGUUCUCCUGCUUUUGCUAUUUCGAUAAGUCCAAAAGUCCAAACCAGGUCCUGCCACGUAGUUUUUAACGAAAAUCUAGGGUUUUGAUCGCUCUGAGGCUCUGUGAAUGCUUGGUUUCUCUGCCACCUGUGCUGGUUUUGGAAGCCUGCUGUUUCUUAGAUUGGUCUAAACAAUUUCCCCAUUUUGGAUGAGAGAUUAAAGAGGUGGGGAGAAACUGUUACUGUGUUAGUGGAGAUGGUUCAGGGCUUUGCAACCAGGGAUUUGAAUUUAUGCUUGCAGAAACUGAUGGUUGCUGGAGAUAUGAAUGGUGGGGGCAUCUUAAAGGAUUGGAAGGACCUUCCUAUGGAGCUCCUCCUUCGAAUCCUUACCCUCGUUGAUGAUCAGACUGUAAUUGUAGCAUCUGGGGUGUGCACAGGUUGGAGAGAGGCAGUUUCCUUAGGCCUCACCCAACUCUGUUUAUCAUGGUGCAAGGAGAACAUGAAUAACCUCGUUCUAUCCAUUGCCCCAAAGUUCACAAAGCUGCAGACUCUUUUCUUGCGCCAAAAUAAACCGCAACUUGAAGAUGAAGCGGUUGAGGCAAUAGCCAAGCAUUGCCAUGACUUGCGAGACUUGGAUCUCAGCAAAAGCUUUAAGCUAACUGACCGCUCCUUGUAUGCCUUGGCUCAUGGCUGCAACCAUCUUACCAAGCUCAACAUAAGUGGUUGCUCGGAUUUCAGUGACAAUGCCCUCGCUUACCUUACCAGCACGUGUAGGGACUUGAAAAGUCUAAACCUCUGCGGUUGUGUGAGAGCGGCAACUGAUAAAGCAUUGCAGGCUGUUGGUCGCAACUGCAACCAGUUGCAGUAUCUGAAUUUGGGGUGGUGUGAGAAAGUCAGUGACGUUGGAGUGAUGAGCCUGGCCUAUGGAUGCCCAGAUCUUAGGGCUUUAGACUUGUGUGGCUGCAUCCUUAUAACAGAUAAGAGUGUGAUUGCACUUGCGGAUAGGUGCCAUGGCCUGAGGUCUCUGGGUCUCUACUAUUGCCAGAACAUUACUGACAGGGCCAUGUACUCGUUGGCAAGCAGUGGUCGACGUGAGCAACAAGCAAGACAGGACCUAUUAUUCGCGUCCGUGUUCAAUGGAAAUGGCAAUGGAAGUAAAUAUGGAAAGGGGAAGAAUGAAGGUUUGAGGAACCUCAACAUAAGCCAAUGCACGGCACUCACACCGCCUGCCGUGCAAGCCGUGUGCGACUCCUUCCCCGGCCUACAUACGUGCCCCGGACGACACUCCCUUAUCAUCAGUGGCUGCCUCAGCCUUACAUCGGUGCACUGUGCGUGUUGCAGGCAGGUAGGACCCUUCUCUCCACGAUGGCCCACCACCAUCACUCCUGAGAGCUUUAGCGUACAGUAGCUUUCAGAUAAAAUGCGUGGGCAGGUUGGAGAUCUGUAAGUGAGAGGUGAUGUUUUCCAAACAGAGUGGUUCAAGGUUGGUUUGUGGAGAGAGAGGUGGUAUGCUUUGGCGCCCUGCCCUGCCCUGCCCUGCCCUGGAAAUAAAAGAAGUGUUUUAUAACUCUCCCUGGGAUAGAAGUGGUGUAGUAUUUUGGGUUUGGGUAGAUGUUCUAUACUAUACCUUGUUUAUAUAUUGGUGUGUAUAUAUAUAUAUAUAAUGUAUAUAUGACUAGGUAAGAAGUGGGGAGAAGUGAAAAGCCAAAAGAUUCCAUCAUC